AUGUCCAGCCCCAAGCACGUCACCUACAAGAACCUCGCGUGGGACACGGCCGCCGACCUGUACCUGCCUCCGGACUUUGACGAGAACAACAAGUACGCGGCCAUUGUGUCGACUCACCCGAUCGGCAGCUGCAAGGAGCAGACGGCGGGCAACAUCUACGCCGAGCGCCUGGCCAAGGAGGGCUACGUCGUGGUCGCCUUUGAUGCGUCGUUUCAAGGCCAGUCUGGCGGCGAGCCGCGAUACAUCGAGGACCCGGCGAUCCGCGUCGCCGACAUCCGCUUUGCGAUCGACUACCUCGUAACCCUUCCAUAUGUCGACGAGAAGCGUAUCGGCGCCAUUGGCGUGUGCGGCGGGGGCGCAUACACUGUCAACGCAGCCAUGACCGACCACCGUAUCCGCGCCGCAGUGUCCAUCACCGGCGUCAACUUUGGCCGCCUCAUGCGCGAGGGGUUUAGCGAGUACAAGCCCGUGGCGGCGAUGGAGGCGAUGGGCGCACAGCGCACGGCCGAGGCGCGCGGCGCCAAGCGCAACGUGAUUAACUACCUCCCCGACAGCGUCGCUGCCGGAAAGGCUGCGGGGAUCACGGACCGCGACGUCCUCGAGGCGACCGAGUAUUACAAGACUUCCCGCGGCCAGAAGCCAUGUGGCAUGACGAGCGGGCUGUUCUCGUUCAACUCGGGCGCCAUGGCGUGGGACGCGUUCAACCACGCAGAGACCCUCAUGACCCAGCCCUUGCUCGUCGUAUUUGGCGACCUCCCCGGCGGCUUUGGCGCGUACCGCGACGGCCAGGAGAUCUACGCCCGCGCCGGAUCCAAGGACAAGGAGAUGGUCAUGCUCCCAGGCGUCACGCACUAUGAGCUGUACGACCAGCCCGAACCCGUCCGUAAGGCGUUUGAGAAGAUCACGCCGUUCUUUGCAAAGUACCUCUAG